AUGUCCUCGCAGCAUGUCAUCGUCACCUACGCGUCGGCGCCCUCAUUCCUCUCCUCAGACCACUGGCAACAGAUCCAUUCCGCACUCAUAGCUCAACUCCCCCUACGAAACAUACAUUGGAAACCUGCCACAAAGACAUCAGUACGAACUAUUCAGGAGCUCAGCAUCAGGCUUGCAUCUCUGGAAAGUGUUCGGGACGAACACACAUCGCAAAUCCCGUCAACGCUGCUUGAGAAACCGCUCCUCAAUAUCUACAUUGUCCUAUGCGAGGACAAUGAAACGUACAAGACCGUUACAAAGAAACAGAUCAAGGACUGGCACACUAUCGUCAGUCAGCGUAAGAACCAGGAAUGGCUCAUCGUUCACGUCGUGCGACCGGAUGCGAGGACUGCCGCCGGAGGUUUUUUUCAGAUGAAGGGCACGGUGUUAGACAAGAUCAAAGCAGACUUUAAUCUGGAUAAGCGGGACCGGUGCGUCCAAUUGGCGUGGACUGUUGGGCAGAAUAAUCCUGCAGCGUGGGCGGAGAUGCUGUCAAAGAUCAAGGAGGGAAUACUGGUAGCAUUUGACUCUACGAUAGCUCAACGGUCUGAGGAAGUGAAGAGGUCAGCGGGCCAGAGGCUAAUGCCUGGCUGGAACUAUUGCACUUUCUUCAUUCUCAAGGAAAGUAUAGCUACGUCCUUCGAAGGAAUGAAUCUCUUCGAAGACGCACUGCUUCAAUUCGACGAUCUGGACAUCAUGUUCACUAACGUGCUACGAGAGAAGAAUAUGUCAUGGUUUGGUCAACUUAUCGUCGCUGGGCCCAAGGACGACUCGGCGCCUCUCCUCUCCGUCUCGAGCAGACCUUACAGAGAUCUUAUCCUGGCUAAUACAAUCUCAGUUUUCGACUUCCGAAUAUAUAUCAUCGCCCGACAGUGCCUCCUGCUCGCGAAGAUGGGUAGAGUCGACGAAGUAUGUAGGAAGACCCAUACUUUCUUAGUUACAUUCAGCCGACGAUUACGUGACAUCCAAAGCAGUCUCCCUCACUUCUUCCUCGAAUCCUGGAUUUACUCGUCAGCUCUGAGCACAGUCGAGCAAUGUGACGUAUGGGCAAAAGAGUUGACGCUGGACGGAGCCACUCUCGUUGCUUUCAACGCGUCAAAAGCAGAUCUAUUAGAGUUGGCACGUAGUCAGUUGGACGUUGUAGGAGUCAAAGUCGGACAUCUCCCAUCCAAGCCACCUUUUUCCUUGGCUCUUAUCACCUGCACCUCACCGCCUACCAACGGCCAUUCGAAGCAUAGCUCCGGGACCAUCAGCAAUCAAGAUGUCGUACGGGCAAUGGCUGAUGCAGACACCUUCUAUGACCUUUACAUAGGCCUUACCAAUCGCGCCAUCGAGCUCUAUGCGAAGGGUAAUCGUCGAAAAUUCGCUCUCAAACUACACGGGAGUCUUGCGGCAUUGGACUUACAUCGAAAACGACUUUCACCAGCCUUUCAAACCUUCUCCUCAUUGCCAGCCCAUUAUUUACCCCAUCAAUGGACAUCGCUGGAGUCAUAUAUGCUCGUCCAAGCCAUUGACACUCAUAGAUUGCUAGGAACGGCAAAAGACCGACAAUGGGUCGACCUCGCCCUUUCGUUUCUCGGUUCAUAUGUGGAUGAACUUGGUGAAGAUCUCCUAAUGCAGGAGACGGACAAGACCGCAUAUGUAGGAGGGCUGGUAAAAUCGUUGGGUGAAGCGGUCGGCCUCUUAGACACAGAUAUGAUACACCACGACUUUCCAGCAAUAUCAUUGCGUAUCGCAACUCCGAAUGCACGCCUAGCAGAGUCAAAAGACGGCUCGUUCUUGGAUGUGACAGUACGAAAUCGACUACCCUGUGAUAUGCCAGUGGAUGAAAUCGCUGUCGUCCUGACAGGCCGCGAGUCAGAACGUCUUAUCUUCAGUACCGAGGCCUCAACAUUACCUCCCGGGACAACAACAUUUUCGUUGUUCUGCCCUACAUCGUCAUGGGGAAAUUUUUUAUUCGACUCAAGUGAAAUACGCGCAUCACGACUACGACUUCAGUGGGCCGCUGCGUCCAAACCAAGUAGUGCAAAAGCACCAAAGCGCAAAUUCCGAGCACCGGUGCUCGUCCGGCUCAUACGAGAUCUGCAUGCUUUUGAAGUUCGGAUUCAACGGCCACACCGUGUUGAACUGGGAAAGCCACCACAGCUCAUGUUGAUAGCGUCCAGCGGUCGAAAUAAUAUCUCGCGGGCAGAGAUCACCCUAACUUCUGCGUCUGGUGUGGAGUUUCGGCCUCACAAGGUGGUACUUGAACACAAUGACGAAGAAGAUAUUGCUCUAGAGGCGACUGAACAAUCUCUGUCCAUCUCGAACCUCAAGGCCGGCAAAUCUGUAUAUCUACUGGUUCCUCAUACGGACGCUUCCUCGAUGCACAUGAUGCAAGUCGAUAUCUCGGCGGAAUAUAGCACUGAGGCCGAACCUUCCGUGAAACGAACAUUACUACUCGGCAGUCGAAUUCCAACAUCUUUGCCAAUCGCUGUCAAUGUCCACGACUUCUUCAGAGGGUCGAGGCUCUUCUCGAAGUUUACAAUCUCAACAGCCGCGUAUCAACAUGUACGAUUGGCAUCUGCUAGUCUCGAAGCCGAUGAGGGGGAAGCGCAGGGUCUGGUAGUUCGGGGAACACUGCCCCAGAAACGGAAUAUAGCGACUAUCACGCCUUCUCGUCCAGUAAAUAUUGUAUUCCAAAUGGAUUCAAAGAAUGGGAGAGUCGGUGAUCCACUAUGGCUCUGUAUAAAGUAUCGGAUGCUCCGCGAUGAAAUUGAGGCGCUCAUUGAACACGUUGUCGACACUGUGCUUGACGGUGGAGAGGACUCACAUCUCACACGGACUCGGCUCGUUAAUAGCGUGGUUAAAGCACUAGAGAAAGAUUCUGAUUGGGUGUACCUCUAUGAUGCGGCGGAUGAACUUGUUGUACCAGAGAUACAGGCAGAAAAUGACUAUGAAGAGACCCUGCAGAUGGUCAUACAGACGCUCCGCACCACACAUCCCAAUGUCCUUGACGAAUCUUCAUGGCGCGAAAUUCGAAUACCGGUAGAUGUACCGCAGAUGAAUAUCCUCGCUGCGGCAAGGUUAUCCAUUUUGUCCUCCCCGUUCUCGAAACAAGCUCCCCCGCAAGACAAGCUGCCUCCACUAUACGCUGGUCAACCUAUCUCUGCGCUGCUCACAAUACACACGUCAUUUAAAUGGAGCAUGAGUUACGGCGAUGAGAGCCGGAGAUUUAAGAUGAGGUUCGACAUCGAAGAGUUGGUGAGGGACUGGCUAGUCAGUGGGCGCAAACGGGGUGAUUUCGAGGCAAAGAACGGGGAGACCUACACUGUGCCGAUCACAUUAAUCGCGUUGCACCAUGGCGAACUCUCUUUGCCUAAAGUCUCGGUUACUGCUCUUCCUGUCGGAGGGGAAAUGACCAUGGGCUCGCUGGCAAUUCCUAGUGCUGAAACGUAUCAAGUACAUGGUGCAGAGAAGGUCUUGGUGCUGCCGAGAGGAGGACGGACAACCUUUGUAAUAGGCAUGGGCGAGCCGGACAUAGACUAUUAUUGAUGACCGGUAGCAGCGCUGGGGGCUGCGAGUUUGUGGAGUAACUUAUCAUUUUCGUACCCUUAUUGUGUUUCUAUUUUGCGUCUUUGCUUACAGUCGAUACCCGACAAACACC